AAUGUGCUGAUGCUAAACUCUUGUCUUGUUAUAAACUAUGUUUUCUGCUUAGAAAAAUGAAUUUGCAAACAUAUUUUAAAUAAUAUCUAAAAAAACUUACUUAAAAGCGUUAGAGGAUUAUUUGAAUUUAAUUUUAUAAUAGACAAAUAUUUAAGCUUCAAAAUGAGCCGGAAACUAUCAAGUUCAGAGCAGCCUUUAAAAGGAACACCAACAGAUUUCAAUGGACUCUAUGACAAAUUUAAGGUCUCUCUUAUGGAAGCUUUUGAUUCAAAAGAUGUAAAAAUCCUUCGACAAACAUUCGAUUCCUACAAAUUCAACAACGAUGCUGAUAAAAAAUCUCCACUUGAUCAGAACUUCCGCGAACUGCUGCUGUUCGAGUUAAGUGAAGACAUCGAAAAAGUUGGUCAACUUAUUUCACUAUCAGUCGAUGCUGCCAGAGAAGAAAUAGUGUCGGUAACAAUUCCCGUGGUGCUGCUAGGAGACAUCUUUGAUGCAGUCACCUUAGACAAAUGUGAGAAAAUAUUCAAUUUUGUCGAGGACAAAGUAAACGUCUGGAAGGAGGAUAUAUUCUUCACUUCUUGCAAAAACAACAUCCUUCGGAUGUGCAAUGAUCUUUUGCGCCGGCUUUCUCGUGCUCAAAAUACAGUUUUCUGCGGACGGAUUCUUCUUUUUCUGGCCAAGUUCUUUCCGUUUUCCGAGCGAUCCGGUUUAAACAUUAUAUCCGAAUUCAAUUUGGACAAUGUUACUGAAUUCGGCGUGGAUGGCAAAGACCUCGAUGAUGCCUUGGAGGACACUGUCGAAGAUGUACCCGUAAAAAUUGACUACAAUUUGUAUUGCAAGUUCUGGUCACUGCAGGACUUUUUCCGAAAUCCCAAUCAAUGUUAUAGUAAAGUACAAUGGAAGAUGUUUCAGACACAUGCAACAAAUGUGCUAGCAGCGUUUUCUAGUUUUAAAUUGGAAGAACCACGAACGAGUCCUUCAUCUAAAGAAGAAAACAAAGACAUGAUUUCACAGGAUAUUAAAAUGGAAGUUGACGAAACAGUCAGAAAGGCUGAGAAUUUCUUUGCAAAGUUUCUAACUAACCCAAAGCUAUUGGCCCUGCAAUUGUCGGACUCGAAUUUCAGGAGAUCAGUUUUGGUGCAGUUUCUUAUACUUUUCCAGUAUCUUCAGUUGACCGUAAAAUUUAAAACAGAUUCCUAUACCUUGACAUCAUCACAGUCGGAGUUUAUCAAAGAAACUGAAACUAAAGUUUAUAAACUUAUUGGGGAAACUCCACCGAAUGGCAAAAAGUUUGCCAAAACCGUUGAACACAUGCUGCAGCGUGAGGAAAUGUGGAAUAACUGGAAGAAUGAUGGAUGCAAGGAAUUCAAAAAGCCUGAUUUGAAUGAAGAAGUGUAUAAACCUCCAUCCAAACGACAGCGAAAAACUCUUGGUGACAGCAUAAAAGAAGCCAAUCGUCAAGGAAAGUUUUUCCUGGGAAAUGACGUAUUGACCAGACUGUGGAAUGUAUCGCCAGAUAAUUUGCAGGCUUGUAAGAGUGAAGACCGCAACUUCCUUCCACCGGUGGAUACAUAUAUUGAAAAUCCCAGAGAAAAGAAUGAUCCGUCGUUUGAGUGGAGAGCUCUUCGUUUGUUAGCGAGACAAUCGCCGCAUUUCUUUACCUCUGUCAAUGCGCCCUCAUACAAAAUUGCCGAUUAUCUCGAGAGCGUUCGUAAAAAGAUUCAAAAAGAAAAGCACGAAAUCAAUAAAGUUGGUGGCCAGCCAGAAAAUACAGUUGAGAGUACUGUAGAAGUUCCGGAGCAAGAACAGGUUGCCUUCGAAACGCCGGAAGAAGCGGAACUUCUUAAGACCGAACCUUUGAUGGUACAAGAUGAUAAAAACACGCACAAGACAAUUACAGCCAGUAAGGAAAAUAUCGAAGAACUGGCGCCAAAAAUUGGAACUGAUUGGAAAAAACUUGGUAAAAAAUUAGGUUACACUGCGGAUGAGAUGCUUUACUUCGAAACAGAGAACCCGAACCCAAGUGAUGCUUGCAAGGCAAUGCUUACAAUUUGGUUUGAAGACGACGAUGAUGCUAGUCUUGAUAAUUUGGCGUACAUUUUGGAAGGUUUGGAAAUGCAUGGAGCUGCUGAAGCUGUCAAAACUAUAAUAGAUCCUCCCAAUAAAAUGGAAGAUAUAUCCGAUUAAGUUUUUUGUAUCAAAUAAAGUAUUGAUUAAAAAUUAA